CCUGCUGAUCGCUAGACUCGAGGUUUCGAUCGUGGUUCUAUUCCGAUCUUAUCGACCCGCACGGGGGCUUGGCCCCGUUGCCGUUGUGAGAUGCUGUUGCUAAUUUCAAGCACAUCCGUCUAGUGCGAUAGCUGUCACAAGCGAUCUUUAUCAUUUAUCAACCCACCUGGUCAUGCAGCUUGCCAGUGCCGUUAACGGACGUGCCACACCACGACACACCUUGUGAUGCUUCAGCUUGCAGGAGACUCCAAGCCUGCGACAGGGUAUAACUAAACCCAAUCAUUAUCCAAGUUUGUCACUUGUUACGAGGAGAGCCUUUAACCCCACAUCAAUGCCUUCUAUAUAGUUGCCUUCUCUCUGUCUCACUCGCAUCAGAAUAUCCUACCCCCCGCAAGUUAACAAACCAACGUCAUCUUCAAGAUGGGCUCCAUUGCAACUGAAAUCCCCCACCCCUUCGACCCUCUGUCACUCGAAGAGAUCGAAACUGUCAUUACAUCCGUAAAAAAGGCCCACGGAGAUGUCUUCUUCAAUGUUGUCUCAUUGCAUGAGCCGCGCAAGGCCGAGAUGAGCGCAUGGCUCGCGGACCCAGACAAGUUACCACGCCCAGACAGAGUAGCUGAUGUUGUGGUCAUUGCACCGGGCGGAAAGGUCUUCGAUGGCCUGGUGGAUGUCAAGACGGCGACCAUCAAGCACUGGGAACAGCUGGACGGCCUCCAGCCUAUCAUCACCAUGGAAGAGCUCCAGGCAGUCGAGCAUGUCUGUCGGAAAGACCCUGGUGUAAUCGAACAAUGCAAGAUCAGCGGCAUCCCCGAAGAGGAUAUGCACAAGGUGUACUGCGAUCCGUGGACGAUCGGCUACGACGAGCGACACGGCUCAAAGGUCCGCUUGCAACAAGCACUGAUGUACUACCGACCCAAUGUGGACGACUUCCAGUACCAAUAUCCUCUGGACUUCUGCCCGAUCUAUGAUGCUGAUAAGCAGGCCAUCGUCGCGAUUGACAUACCCAAGGUGCGACGGCCGCUCAGCACGGCUGCAGCCAUCAACUACACUCCGUCAUAUGUCAACGAAAAGGAGGGUGGCUACAGGAAUGACCUGAAGCCCAUCAACAUCACACAGCCCGAGGGCGUCUCGUUCAAGCUGAACGGUAGGGAGAUCGAAUGGCAGAGCUGGAAGAUGCACAUUGGCUUCAACUACCGAGAGGGAAUUGUCUUGAACAACAUAACAUACGAUGAUAAGGGAACAGUCCGACCCAUUUUCUACCGCUUAUCGCUGGCGGAGAUGGUGGUACCAUACGGAAAUCCUGAGCAUCCACACCAGAGGAAGCACGCUUUUGAUCUCGGGGAGUAUGGAGGUGGAUACAUGACCAACAGUCUUGCGCUCGGAUGUGACUGCAAGGGGAGCAUCCACUACCUCGACGCACACUUCCCCACUCGCGUAGGAGGCGUUCGGACCAUCAAGAACGCCAUUUGUAUCCAUGAAGAGGAUGACGGGAUUCUCUUCAAGCACUCUGACUUCCGGGACGAUUCCGUGAUUGUGACUCGGGCCCGCAAGCUCGUCAUCCAGCAGAUCUUCACGGCCGCCAACUACGAGUACGCAAUCCAGUGGGUCUUCCACCAAGACGGAACCAUCCAGCCCGAGAUCAAGCUCACUGGCAUCCUCAACACCUACGCCCUUAACGCCGACGAGGACCCUUCGCCUUGGGGAACGCAGGUCUACCCCGGCGUCAAUGCCCAUAACCACCAGCAUCUCUUCUGCCUGCGAAUCGACCCCAACGUCGACGGGCCCAACAACACCGUCUUCAUGACCGAUACCGUCCCCUCGGACGCCCCCGUUGGCAGCGCAGAAAACUACUACGGCAACGCCUUCUAUGCCAAGAGGACCAAGCUCGCCACCACGGGCCAGUCGAUGACGGACUACAACGGGGCCACUUCCCGGACAUGGGACAUCUGCAACGAAGGGAAGCUGCACCCGUACAGCAAGAAGCCCGCUUCGUACAAGCUCGUCAGUAGGGAGGUGCCGGGUCUGCUACCCAAGGAGGGUUCUCUGGUGUGGAAGAGGGCGGGCUUUGCGAGGCACGCCGUGCAUGUGACCAAGUACUCGGACGACCAGCUUUGGCCCGCGGGUCGCCACGUCCCGCAGACCUCUGGCGAGCCAUCGUGCGGCCUGCCGGAGUGGAUCGGCGACGGCAACGAGUCCAUCGAGAAUACGGAUGUCGUCCUCUGGCACACUUUUGGCGUGACACACAUCCCCGCCCCCGAGGAUUUCCCCGUCAUGCCUGCAGAGCCCAUGACCCUCCUGCUUCGCCCGCGCAACUUUUUCACCAACAACCCCGUCAUGAAUGUGCCUCCGAGCUAUGUGUCCAUCCCCAGCCAGGUCGCGGCUAACAAGGAGGCGAUUGUUGACGCUACGGAUAAGGUCAGCAAGAUGGCGUUCGAUGAGGGCUGUUGCGCUGGGUCGAAUGGUACCAAUGGAACCAAUGGGAAUGGUGUCCAUUAGUUGUUGAAUACGAGUGGCUGGACCGAGAUUGGGGACCUUGAGAAUUCAAAUUGUGGCGUGUCUAUAAGAUUGUUCGCCUUUGAAUCAAGCUUUCUUGUAAAUUGACUGAAGCACCUCCUGUAUUAUUUUGGGCCUGUAUCAUGCUAUACCUCCGGAACCUCUUUCAUGUA